AUGAAAUCCGAGAUUAACCAUUCAAAAGAUUGGGCGAACUGCAAUGGCUCGUCUCGUAACCUUGCGGAAAUCUUGAAAAACGACACUCGUGUCCAGCUAGCUGGUAUUGAUUGCGAUGGCCAGCUUCGUGGCAAAGUCAUGUCAAAGGAAAAGUUCCUCUCGAUAGUUGAUUCAGGCUUCGGUAUGAGCUCGGCCAUAUUCGGCUGGGACAUGCAUGACAUGCUUUUCGAUGAGAACAACACUAUUGCGUCAUCUGAGCAAGGCUAUGCCGAUUUCACCAGUGUAGUUGAUCAGCUUUCAAUGCGCCGUCUGCCCUGGGCUCAAAACAUGCCGUUUUUCCUACUUCGCUUUACUGCCAACGACCGAGCAGUCUCCGCCUGUGGUCGAAGCAUGAUAAAGAUAUUUUCAGAAGCUCUAGCUGUUGCCGGCUGUAGAGGAGUGGCAGGAGUUGAAUUGGAAUUUUUCAACUAUCAAACACCAUCGGAAGAUGGAUACCACGACCAGAAUCCUUCAAAGCGAAAGAACCUCGCCGCUUUUUUGCGCAACCACCAACCCUCCGAGCUCCGGCCAUUGACAGAUGGGAUGUUUGGAUACAGCAUUACCCGUCCCAUGGCUUCAAGUGAUUUCUUCUUUGAUGUCAUCGAUACAUGUGCGAGGUUGGAUUGUCAGAUUGAGAGCUGGCAUACUGAAUCGGGCCCUGGAGUUUUUGAAGGAGCACUCCGCUUUUGCGAAAUGGAAGAGAUGGCGGACAGGGUUUCCCUAUUCAAAUACAUCACUCGAUGUCUCGGUAAUCUACAUGGUGUCACACCUUGCUUUUUGGCGAAGCCGGUCUCUGGUCUUCCAGGAAACUCGGGACAUAUCCAUAUUUCCUUAACCGAUCUUAAAGGAAGAAACUUGUUUUCUCGCGACGCUGCAGAUCCAAACUCGCCCUGGUCUGAUCUAGCAAAUGUCUCGGAUUUGGGUCGCCAUUUCCUAGCCGGUCUGCUCAAUGCUCUGCCGGAUCUAAUGCCUCUUCUCGCCCCGACUAUAAACUCUUACAAGCGACUAGUAGAAAACUACUGGGCUCCAGUCCAUUUAUCAUGGGGGCUGGAAGAUCGAAGAGCGUCAGUUCGACUCAUUGCACCACCUGUAUGCAAACCGAGCGCUACUCGUUUUGAAAUACGGGUACCAGGAGCCGAUAUACACCCUCACUACGCACUUACAGCUCUUAUUUCUGCUGGCUGGAAGGGGGUGGAGAGAAAUUCUGAGCUCACUAUUCCUCCACUAUCAGCUCACGAUCCUGGGAAUUCGACACUCCAGUAUUUACCUAAUUCCCUCGAGAAAGCCGUUGAGAAUUUCAAAUCGCCAAAUAGUGUUGCCAGAGAUAUUCUCGGAUCUGAGUUUGUUGACCUUUUUACUCUAUCUCGUGAACAUGAACUGCGGCUGUAUCGUGAGGCGGUGACUGACUGGGAGUUUAAGCGUUACAUUGAGAUUGUAUAA